AUGGCACUGCGCAUCCUCCGUAAAGUGGCCAGCGACAUCAAGACAAACGAGUUUUACACAAUCAUGGCUGACGAGACAACAGACAAGGCCAACCGAGAACAAGUGGUGUUAGUCUUCAGACACGUGGACAAGGACUUUAAUGUGCACGAGGACUUUGUUGGGCUUUACCAAUGCAGAGGGCAGUGUUAUGACGGGGCCAGCAACAUGACCGGAGCGAGGCGUGGUGUGGCGACCAACAUCUUAGCCAAGGAGGAGCGAGCUGUGUUCACGCACCGCUACGGACAUGCGCUCAAUCUGGCUGUUGGGGACUGUGUACGUCAGUGCAAGCUCUUGCGCGACACCAUGGAUACGGUGCAUGAAGUCUCCUUACUGAUUAAGUAUUCACCAAAUAGGGACAGUACCUUUCAGACCCUGAAGGAGGAGAUCAGCCCCGAUACCCCUGGGUUCCGCGUACUGUGCCCCACGAGAUACAUUGUGGGACACCUGCUACGAGCAGACCAACGACUCGGAGAUCCGUUCCAGGAUAGUAGGCGUGCGGUCCAGAUGGAGAGCUUCGAUCUCUUCUUUGGUGUACACCUGGGUCACAUCAUCCUGCGACAUACAGACAACUUGAGCCGCACCCUACAACAGAAGGACAUGUCCGCAUCAGAGAGUCAGGCAGUUGCUUCAAUGACGGUGGAAACAUUGACCAGAAAGCGCUCCGACGAUGCCUUCGACAAGUUUUGGGUUGACGUCAACAGUAAGCUCGAUGACGUCGACGUAGGAGUGCCAGUGGUUCCCAGGCGACGCAAGGUGCCGAAACGCUAUGACUUUGGGACCGGGGCCCACGAGUAUCCAGCCACAGCACGUGAUCGGUACCGCCAGGUCUACUUUGAAGCAUUCGAUUGGGUGAUCGCGUGUAUCAAGGACAGAUUCGCUGAGCCAGGCUUCAAGACCUACAGAUCCCUCCAAGACCUUCUGGUGUGCUGCGCCCGUGGUGGUGACUACGCCACUCAUCUGCGGAGCGUGUUGGACUUCUACAGUGACGACUUCAACGAGGAUGCGCUAACCACUCAGCUUGAGACGUACCAGGUCGCCGUACGGGACAAGGAUGUCAAGACCAUCACGGACAUUGUCACGUUCUUCCGCGACUUGCCUCCUGAGUCUCGCCUCUUUUUCUUGGAGGUGAUGCGCGUCCUCCGCCACGUCAUGGUAAUGCCCGCCACCAACGCCACCAGCGAGAGGUCCUUCUCCGCCCUGAGACGCCUUAAAACGUACCUCCGGACGUCUAUGAAACAGGAGAGACUCACCAACCUCAUGACGCUCCACGUGCACAGGUGUGCUAACGCAGCAAUGGACUUGUUAGAUGUUGCCAAUGAGUUCGUCAGUUUAAACGACUCACGGUUAACUAUCUUCGGGAAGUUUUCAUAG